CGUGCAGCCGCGCACUCUCCUACAGGCGCCAGUCCUUCCCCCGCUUUCUUCCUCCCUCCGGAUCGGUGUGCACGGUAUGGCCGACCCUCUGUUGCGGGACGAGAAUCAGGAAAAUGUUCAGCCCCGAAAGCCCCUCGCCCCUGUGGGUGGACGCACCGUGCUGGGGGUCUUGCAGGAAAACCACCGGGGCCGCCAGGCGCUGAAAACGGGCAAGCCGGCCCUCCAGCAGACUCAGGUUUUGUCCGUUAAUCACUUAGGAGUUAAUGAUGAGAAUUAUGGCAAGAUACCGGCAGGAAAAGCCGCCAACAAACAGCCAACUUUUACAAUCCACGUGGAUGAGCCAGACUGUGCAAAUAACAGAAGAAAGCCUGUUCAUAAGAAGACCGUUCAAGAUGAAAAUCUACGACAACUAAAUACGGUUCUGGGUACCAUUGGUACUAGAAAACCUUUAGAACCUAUCCAGAUUGCAAUGGAAACUAGCUUUGGCUCUCCUAUGGAUAUGUCAAUUGUGGAUGAAGAACAAAAAGUAGUCGCUUGUAGUAAUGUUCUUGAUUAUGCUAAAGAGAUUCACACGUACCUGCGAGAAAUGGAGGUGAAAUGUAAGCCAAAGUCUGGUUACAUGCAAAAACAACCAGACAUAACCGGCAACAUGAGAGCUAUCCUUGUCGACUGGCUGGUUGAAGUUGGUGAGGAGUAUAAGCUGCAAAAUGAGACCCUGUACCUUGCUGUUAACUAUAUAGAUCGGUUCCUUUCGUCUAUGUCUGUAUUGCGAGGCAAGCUCCAGUUGGUUGGAACCGCUGCAAUGCUUUUAGCAUCAAAAUUCGAGGAAAUCUAUCCUCCUGAAGUGGCGGAGUUUGUUUACAUUACCGAUGAUACAUACACAAAGAAACAGGUUCUCAAGAUGGAGCAUCUGGUGCUCAAAGUUCUCUCCUUUGACCUUGCUUCUCCAACUAUUUUACAAUACCUCAAUCAGUACUUCCAAAUACAUCCUGUCUUUCCGAAAGUGGAAAGCUUAAGCAUGUUCUUGGGAGAGCUCAGCUUGAUUGAUGCCGAUCCUUUCCUGCGGUAUCUGCCCUCUGUUGUUGCUGCUGCCGCAUUUGUCAUUGCAAACUACACAAUUAAUGAGAGAACUUGGCCGGAUUCUCUGGUGGAGUACACAAGCUACACACUUGAAACACUUAAACCCUGUAUUUUGGACCUAUACCAGGCCUACCUCUCUGCAGCAAGUCACCAACAGCAAGCUGUGCGAGAGAAAUACAAAACUCCUAAGAAUCACGCUGUAUCUCUUAUUGAUCCUCCAGAAUUGCUGUCUAUAUUUUUAUAAACUCGAGGAAUGGACUUUUCAAAUGUAUAUUGAUAAAAGCACAUGAUGUACAGUUUUUUUUUUAUUUUUAUGAUAGACUUUGGUUGUAAAUCUCAAACUUCAAUGUGAGGAUUGGAGCAGCAGAAUUACGAAGCAGUCAUGUUUUUAAUUUUAUUUUAUAAGGUUUUACAUUUUGUAAAUUUUUUUUCUUUUAUGUAUGUGGAAUCUUGUUAGAUAUAUUGGCUCUUUAAAUCAAUCUGUGCACAACAGCUUUUUAACCAGGCAGUUAGCAUAUUGUUUUGUCUAUUGAUCAUUGUUUGACAAUAAAUGUUAACUAAACAGCA